AUGAAAACGUCGAGGGGGGACCGGAGCCGCAGGUCAGAGGAAUACUGGCGGCAAGCCAACCUCCUGCUCAGCCUCGCCCUCGUGGGAUUCCGGGGCAAGUUUCUUUCGCGGCUGCCGCUGCUCUCUCCCAAGGAGGACUCGAAGGUGCUGGAGCGACUCCUGCGGCUCCGCGAGGCGCGAGCGCUGGGGACGCCAAGCUUUCCCGCCUCGCGAGUGGCUGCCUGGCUUGCGCAGGAGGAGGACGAGAUUGUAGACUUAAAAGGAAGGCAGGAAUAUUUGGAAUACUGCUAUUUAUUACCAAGGGGAAAUGAGCACUCAGAAUCUCAAGAAGAAGAAGGACAAAGAGAGUGUGAUAAGAGUGAACAAGUUGAUUGGAAAGAGAGGGAGAAUCCCACAUCUAUCUCUUUGAAUCACAGAAGUACUAUUGAUUCUUCUUUCUCCUUGGAAGGUUACUUUCCACAGUUAACAUCCCUCUCUGAAAUUGCCUUGGAAGUAAGAUUUACCUUUAACACACACAGAAACUUUUUUUUUUGCUUUGCACCCUUUCAGGAACAUGUGAGCAACAGUGGAGGUGUGAAUUUGACAAACUUUCAGAACCCUAUAGAUUUGGCCCAAGCGAUUAACCACGAUGUGAGCCUUCAUGAUGCCACAGUGAUGGGAUCAGACCACCCUAAUGUAACAAAUGCAGAGAGGAAGAAUUUGGAGAGACUGGAGAUUUUGCCUGACUUAAACACAUUUCCAACUAAUGGGACCAACAUGUUGGAGUUAUUUGCAUAUGAUAAUUGCUGCAGAAACCUUACAAAUCAAGAUUUUUUUUUCAGCCUGAAUGAAAGUGGAUUUGAAGAAAUAAAUUUCACAUCAUUAACCAUGGAAGAAAAUUUUGACUCUGCAGAAACUUGUGUUUUUGAAGAACAAGAUUCAGAUUCUGGACCUUCUUUAAAUCUAAACUAUAGUAAUUCAUCCUUUGUUUUUACCUAUAACAAGGAUGCCAAAUUUGGUGCCUCUGAUAACUCAGGAGUUACAGGAGAUAAUUGCCUAGAACAUAGCAAAUACUGCCAUACAGAAUAUCAAAGCAGUUAUGACUAUGGCACAGAAUCACUAGUAGGUGUAUUCCAUGAUCACACAUACAAUCAGAAUACGCAACAGUUGACAUUGUCAGUGUCACAGGAUUAUUUCAGAUGGCCAGAAGAAUCCAAAAGAACUGAAAUUGAAAGAGAUACAAAUCUAGAUGAUGAAUACCGGGCAAAAGCUCUGAGAAUUCCAUUCUCUGUUAAUGAUAUAGUGACUUUACCUGUAGAUUCUUUUAAUAGCAUGUUGUCAAACUACUACCUAACAGAUAAUCAAUUGUCACUCAUUCGUGACAUAAGACGGAGAGGAAAAAAUAAAGUUGCUGCGCAAAACUGCCGCAAACGCAAACUAGAUGCAAUUAUGAACCUGAAGGAUGAAGUGUGUCAUCUUCAAAUGCAGAUGGAAAGGCUUAAGAAACAGAAGGCGCGAUACAAAAGGUCAAUUAGCAAUAUAAAACAAAAACUAAAUGAUCUUUGCUGGUACUUUUUCAGUAAAUUGAGAGAUGACCAAGGAACAACAGUUAAUCCAAGCCAAUAUGUCCUUCAAUGUUGUGGAGAUGGUACUAUAUUCAUUUUACCUGAAAAAGAAGUCAAUCUGGAGCCCAAACACUGAAACAACUAAAAUGACAAACAUUUUAGAUUAUUUUAUUAAGGGAAAGGGUUUUUAAGGACUGCAUUUGCAGGCACGCCAGAAGAAAUGUGAACUGCGCUCCUUGGCUACCUUGUACACCAUUUCAAAGAAUUCCAACCCAAGCAACUUUAAAGUGGACUAAACUUCAUUUUACAUUUGUUAUGCAUAAUUUAUUCAGCUUAAGCAUGGGUGCAUAUGCUAAACUACUAGACCACAGAAAAUCCUGUCAGUUGCAAUUUCAGUAAAGUUAGGUGAGUUUUGAAAGUAGCACAGCAGAAACAUCAUUGCUUCUGAAGUACAUUGGAGUAGGCAGUGAUUCAUAUAGUCAUGUUCCUAAGUGAUCCAUGCAGUGCCACUUCACUUGCCAUUGGUGGAUGGGGCUGAAAUAAGUGGCUAGGUCCCCAUUCUUUCUGACAUUUGCUUUAUUUUCCCCCUCCCCUUAAAG